CCCUUCCCGGACAGAUUGAAUCGAACAGCUGAGGACGCGCGUGUUCAAGCAGAAGGAUACACUAGUAUCAUCACAGCACCACGUUCUCCUGUCCUUGCUUUACCAAAAGCAGUGAAAUCGAAGCGAAGGCGAAAACUACGCACAAUUGUCGGAGUAUUAUUUGAAUUGUCAUCGAAUAUAUCGGGUUUUAUCGUGAAGCAAAGCGCCCUGAGUCCCGAAAACUAUAAGCAGAAUUGGUUGACCUGCUGUGUGAACGACCUUUUUCAGAGAGGAAUUGACAUCCGAACCCUCGGGGCAGCGUCCUGGCGAAGAUUGUUCUGAAUAGGACACGAGAGAAAGAGAGAGAAAGAGAGAGGGUGGACGAAACGAAGUCAGAGUGCUGUGGUUCAACGGUGGAGCUGUCAUGUAUUCUGCUUGUGCAGAGUGGGAUUAACAUAACGCAUGUAAUGCGGAGUGCCGAACUGUCAUACGCGGGUGAUGCAGUCAGUCGGGAGAUGUGCAGCGGGGAGAAGUGAGCGUCGACCCGGGCACUCUGCAGUGUAACAGCGAGGUAGCAGGAUUGCUGCUGGAUUCGUCAAACUGCCUGUCAACAUCGGGAUUUUCCAUUUUCUCUAAUGUCUUUUAUAUAUUUCGAUGAUUCUCGUGUAUUCAUGACAGAAGGUGUUCGUUUGGGGGAAACGCACCACUGAACAAAGGAUUUAUGAAAAGCAAUCACUAUAACCCAAUCCUGGCAUCCUAAAAGCAGUCUCGACAUAGGCUUAUUAAAUCGUUGUAAGGAAACUCCAUCUGAUCGUUCUUCUUGAACGGGUUGAACAAUUUGAUAGGGACGCAUGAAUACUUGAUCGGCCGUCGGGGGAACGUGAAUGGAGAGUGCCAACGCAGACCCAGCAAGAGGGCUCAAAUUCGAAAUGUGACAUUUUCCAAUAGCACCAAAUAAUUACACGUGCAUUCAACAAUCGUUUCAACCGAAUUUGUUUACAUCGCUGAAGACAUGGCGUUCCUCCCUAUCCUUCUCGUCCUCCUCCUCUCCGUUGCCCGGCGCGCAAGCUGCCAGGACUACGACGAGGAAGGGACUUCCUCCGUGCCGCGGGGCUGCGGCUGGGGUCUGGUCCGCCCCUACACGCUCCUAUGCGACCUGGACUCCAUCUGGGGAGUGGCCGUGGAAUCCGUGGCGGCCGGCGGCGCCCUGGCGUCCGUCCUGCUGGGCCUGGUCCUGCUGUGUCGCCUCCGCCACGUGAGCGAGGCCGAGAAGCGCAGCGGCGUGGGCCCCAUCCUCCUCCUCCUGCUGGGCAUCCUGGGACUGUUCGGCCUGAGCUUCGCCUACCUGAUCGAGCAGGACGAGCAGCUGUGCCUGCUCCGCCGCGCCCUCUGGGGCCUCCUGUUUGCCGUGUGCUUCUCCUGCCUGCUGGUGCAGGGCGUGCGCCUGCGGAGGCUGGGCCGCGAGAGGCGGAGCCCCGGCGGCUGUGCGCUGACGGGCCUGGCGCUGGGGCUGAGCGCCGUGCAGGGCAUCAUCGCCGCCGAGUGGCUCCUCCUCACCGUGCUGAGGGAGGGCCGCGCCGCCUGCCAGUACCUCCCCCUGGACUUCUCGUUGGCCUGCAGCUACGUGCUAGCCCUCCUGCUAGCCGCGCUCGCCGCCGCGGGGUUGGCGCUGUGCGGGAAGACCAGGCAGUGGCGUUGUAACGCCAUCUGGCUAUUGGUGGCCUGCCUGCUGUCCCUCCUCCUAUGGGUGGCCUGGGUGGGCUUUUAUCUCUACGGCAACGCCUGGCUGGGGAGGUCGCCUGAUUGGGACGAGCCGGCGUUGGCGAUAGCGCUUGUGGCGCAAGGUUGGCUGCUUCUGCUGUUCCACGCCGUCCCAGAGGCUCACUGCUGCCUGCGGCCCCCGCCCCAACCCACCGCCCCCGACUACUUCGACACGUCGCAGAACUCGUCCCGCAUGAGGGAGACCAGCUUCGACGAGGACAUCCCCCUGUCCCACAGGCAGUUUGUGGAGAACCAGGGAUACAACUUUGACGACAACACUGCAGGCACCUCUGCCACCUCUGCCACCUCUGUGCCAGGUCUGAGGAGCGGAGGAGGGCACCACAACGGCAACACCGGUCCCCGGCCCAGUGCCCCCUUCCGUAGCAACGUCUACCAGCCCACCGAGAUGACCAUGAUCCUGAAUGGUGGAGCGGUGAGUACACCAGCACACUCACAGGUCCCCUCCGCCCCUCCGACCUACACAGGUAGACAGCUGUGGUAAGGGGGAGGCCUGGAAGAGAGAAGAGGAAAGAAGAGGAGAGAUGAGCGAGAGGACUCACACACACACACACACACACACACACACACACACAUACACACACACACAGGAGCAGUCCUGUGGGGAGGACUUAGACAUGGAUCCCCACCUCCACCACUGUGUGUGUGAGUGUAUGUGUGUAUGGUGAGAGACUGAGCCUUUACACAUGCGUGUGUCAAUCAAUCUGGCAACCACCCCAGCUUCUGCUGGGGUGGUUGUGUGGGAAGGAGAACAGGGAAUGGAGGACAGAGCUCGUCUGAAUCUCUGAAGUGUUCUGUCAGAGAUUUAAGACUCCCUGAUAGAAAACUAAAAAAUCUAAACAUUUGGCAACACAACAGACAACAAAGCCAAAAUGGAAAAUGAACUAAAUAAAAUUGUAGCAGGACAUGACAUUGUUGGCAGUUGUGUUGUCUCCAAUUCUUUUGUUCAUCUGAGACUACGAACCACUGUAUAAUCUGUAGUAAAACUGUGAAGCCUUCC